ACGGUGAAGUUAACGUAACGUACUGUGUAUGUACCAACGGCCUGCGAUGUGCGGACAGUGGGGAAGCGGCAGCUGAGUACCAGGUAGGUCGCUUACACAGUAAUGGGCUUGGCUUAACUGCCAACCCGCUUCGCGCUUGGCAUUUCUCCGCAUGUCAUCGCCGUUCCACCGGACCUCCAACAGGGCCCAGGCGGCUGGAAUCCUCUCUCGACCGAACGAGCCUUUUUUGUCCUUCGCGCCAGUAACCAUUUUCCAAAUCGCAGCAAGCAACCAACCUCGACACGUCUUGUUCUCCAAGACGACCCGACCGCACAACGAACGGUGUCGCACCAAUCGCAUCGCCCCGCCUCGUUGGCGAGAUACCGUCCAUCGCGACACCACUCCUGGCCCCCCGUUGCGCAGUCAUGGCAGACAGUGGCGAAUCGGGCGGCGACGUCCAAAUCACCUUCAAGGUGAAGUGCUCUAAUGACAAGAUACACACUAUCACAAUGCCCGAAUCGGCAACCGUCCUGGACCUCAAGACAAAGUUGGCCGGCAGCGAUUUCGAAGACACGCCCGUUGAGAGACAGCGGCUGAUCUACUCCGGGCGCAUCAUGAAGGACUCGGACGCACUGAGCGUCUACAAGAUCAAGAACAUGAACACCAUUCAUAUGGUCAAGAGCGCCCGCAGCAAUCCUACUCCCGCCGCCUCUAGCGCUGCGUCCACCACCCCGACGCCCCCCGCAGUUCCCCAGAACAUGGCCUCCGGUUCCAGCGCCAGCGACCUUCUUGCAGGCCUCACUGGUGCUCGGUUUGCCGGUCAUGCCAACUUACCGAGCGCCGACCUGUUUGGCGCGGACGGCGGGAUGGGCGCGCCGCCCAGCGAGGAGCAGAUGGCCGAGAUGCUGUCGAACCCGAUGAUUGCCCAGACCAUGAACGAGGCGCUGAACAAUCCCAACUUUAUCGACUACAUGAUCCGGUCCAACCCCGCGCUAGCCAGCAUGCCCAAUGCCCGCGAGAUGCUGCAAUCUCCCUACUUCCGACAGAUGAUGACGAAUCCCGAGGCAAUUCGUAUGGCGGCAAGAAUGCGAAGGAUACUCCAAGGAGGAGGAGGAGGGGGAGAAGGCUCCGCGUUUCCCGCGCCCGGCGCGACAGACAACACCCCCGCAGACGCGCCGAGCGCUGGGAGUUCCGCAACAGCGAGCAACAACACUGACCAAGCGCUUCGUGCUCUUUUCGGCGCCCCGGGGGCCUCCGGCGGUCCUUUUGCCCCAGGGGCCAACCCCUUUGCUAGCCUCCUCGGCAUCGUUCCGCCGGCCGGUCCGUCCAGCGGGGCGGCCGCAACUACCCAGGGACCGUCAGCUUCGAACCCGGCCGCCUCGCCUGAGAAUCAAAAUGGGCCGACGGGAAGCAGUCCGAACGCUCAGGGUCAAGCCGGUAACGCCGGGCAACCGUUCAACCCUUUCAGCGCGCUGUUCGGCCAGGGGCAGCCGGGCGGCGCCCAGGGUGCUAAUGCCAGCAACCCCUUCGCGCUGCCACCUAUCUCGCCCGAAGUCUUGCAGCAAGUCCUGCAGAGCUGGGGUUUGGCCUCGCCGUCGGCGACGACGGCCCCGCCGGACAACAGGCCGCCAGAGGAGCGCUACGCUGAGCAACUGCGUCAAUUGAACGACAUGGGCUUCUUUGAUUUUGAGAGAAAUGUAACGGCGCUGCGGCGUAGCGGCGGUAGUGUUCAGGGCGCCGUCGAAUACCUACUCUCAAAUCCAUGACAGCCACGCUCGCAAACGGUACUUCGCGGCGAGCAAAAGUUGUCGGCGGGCAGUUCAUGAGGUAUGAAUCG